AUGGAGAUGAGUGAGGAGAUUUAUGCAAAUGCAGAAGUUACAGCAGACAACAGAGCUGAUUCCAGUGACAGCGGGCCCUCUUAUGAAGAUGUUUAUGCGAAUAAGGACAAUUUGGAGACCCAGAGGACCGGAAGUUUCAAUCAAUCUGAUCACUCAGGAGGAGACACUGCAUGGAGCAGGUGUUACAGAGUGACUGCGGUGUGUGUGGUGCUGCUGUGUGUUCUCCUGCUGACUGCCGUCACGGUGCUGUGGAUCCGAUUCAACAACCUGACUACAGAAAACAACCAGUUACAGACCAGUUACAACAACCUGACUAAAGAGAGAUACCAGUUACAGAGCAGUUACAACACCCUGACUAUAGAGAGAGACCAGUUACAGACCAGUUACAACACCCUGACUAUAGAGAGAGACCAGUUGCAGAAGGUUAGAGAGGAACUCCAGAGGCUUUCUAAACAGGGAUUGAUUUAUUUUAGCUCCAGUGUUUACUACAUCUCUAUUGAGAAGAAGAGCUGGACUGAGAGCAGAGAGGACUGCAGAGAGAGAGGAGCAGACCUGGUGAUCAUAAACAACAAAGAGGAACAGGAGUUCAUCAGUAAAAUCCUGAGCAGAAGAAACUCUUGGAUUGGACUGAGUGACAGAGACACAGAGGACAAGUGGAAGUGGGUGGACGGUACACCGCUGAACACUGGGUUCUGGGGAAAAGGAGAACCCAACAGUUAUGCAGGAGAUGAGGACUGUGUUGUAAUUCAUGAUCACACUGAUCCUGUCUGGAACUGGUCUGAUUAUCCCUGUCAUUAUCAGAUCAUUUGGAUCUGUGAGAAGACAGUCGUUAGUGGCCUUCGCCGGGCUGUAGACAGGCAGAGCACCACCCCCAGUGGGAUUGAAACUCAGGGCGAUGUCCUCGGCGGGGCAGGAAUGCUGGGCGACGUCCCCGGCGGGGCUGGAACGCUGGGCAACGUCCCCAGCGGGGCUGGAACGCUGGGCAACGUCCCCAGCGGGGCAGGACAGUGGGACAGCUUCCUCGGUUGGGCUGGGACUCUUGGGCUGCAACCUCCUGCUGCCUGCAUUGCGCAGUGUAGUCCCCUGGCAGCGGGGAGCCCCAGUAGUUCGGGUAGCUCUGCUGCCUGCAUAGCGUGGUGUAGUCCACCUGCAGCGGGAAGCCCCAGUAAUCCAUGUAGCUCGGCUGCCCACGUAGCGCGGCGUAGCUCUCCGGCAGCGGGGGCAGGGGAACUUGCGCGGGUGGCGACGUGGCACGUGGCCCGGCUUGCUGCAACGGCUUCAGAAGGCGGUGGAUCUGAGCAAGUUGCUCGUCUAGCUGUUUGCUCUGUUCCCAGAAAGAUCUACGCCACUUCUCAAACUUGGCAGCUUCGGCCUGCUGCUUCCGCGUGGUGGGUGCAGUAUUCUGUUACAUUACAAGAGAUCAGGAUUACUGUUAAGAGAAGAAUGGAGAUGAGUGAGGAGAUUUAUGCAAAUGCAGAAGGUACAGCAGACGACGGAGCUGAUUCCAGUGACAGCGGGCCCUCUUAUGAAGAUGUUUAUGCGAAUGAGGACAAUUUGGAGACCCAGAGGACCGGAAGUUUCAAGCAAUCUGAUCGCUCAGGAGGAGACACUGCAUGGAGCAGGUGUUACAGAGUGACUGCAGUGUGUGUGGUACUGCUGUGUGUUCUCCUGCUGACUGCCGUCACGGUGCUGUGGAUCCAAUUCAACAACCUGACUACAGAAAACAACCAGUUACAGACCAGUUACAACAACCUGACUAUAGAGAGAGACCAGUUACAGACCAGUUACAACAACCUGACUGAAGAGAGAUACCAGUUACAGACCAGUUACAACACCCUGACUACAGAAAACAACCAGUUAAAGAUCAGUUACAACACCCUGACUAAAGAGAGAGACCAGUUACAGAGGGAGAGAGAUGGAUACCGGAGAGCACUUGAUCUGUGUUAUAAAGGGAGGUGUUUCAACUUCGACUCCAGUGUUUACUGCAUGUCUAAUGAGAAGAAGAACUGGGAGGAGAGCAGACAGGACUGCAGGGACAAAGGAGCAGACCUGGUGAUCAUAAACAGCAAGGAGGAACAGGUGUUCAUCAGUAAACAGCUGGGCAGCAGUCGUGCCUGGAUUGGUCUGAGUGACAGAGCUGUAGAGGGAGACUGGAAGUGGGUGGACAGUACACCACUGACCACUAAGUUCUGGGCUAGUGGAGAACCGAAUAAUGAAGGUGAUGAGGACUGUGCUGAGAUUUUCAGUUUAAAUGGGAACUUCUGGAAUGAUCAGAAAUGUUCUAAUAAUAAACACUGGAUCUGUGAGAGACGUGUUUCUCAGUGACGUGUAUCAUUUAAUAAUCAAAAGCACAUACACAAAUUGAACCAAUUAUAUAAAAAGUAUAAAAGACAGUAUUUGAUGAUGAUUGUGUUUCUGUUUCUUGUCAUGAAAAAUGAUUCAGGUUAAAAAACAACAUUUUAAAUAAAAAAUUUUAUAGAACAUCUGUGGCAUUACAGCGUGGUUCUUCCGUAAAGAAUAAACAGUACAUUUAGAGGAAAAUAAUCAGUGAUGGGGUGGUGUGAUGUCAUGGAGUCCAAGGAGUCAGAUGCAAGUGCAGAAUUUUUUAAAUAACAAAACAACUUAAAAAAAUAAUAAACCAGGCAAAGACUCAAAAAGGACCCAGGAACUAGAAUAACUAAAACAAGGAACUAGACUAAGGCAAGGUGAAGGAAAGGAAAGAAGAGAAAAAAAAAAAACGUUCACGGUGCAAACAUAACAUAACAUAACAUAACAGCAACCAUGCCAACUACGCACAAACACAACACUCCAUCACUAAAGAGGGAAAAACACAGAACUUAAAUUGGGAUCUAAUUAGGGGAAACACAACACAGGUGAGCACAAUCAAGUAGAAAUUCAUAAAAUGAGUGAGGGCACCCUCUGGUGGUCUGGGGAGGAAUUGUCCAUGGUGGACAUGACAGAUGUGGCCUGAUACAAAGUAGAGUUACUGUUCCCACCCUGAUUAUUUUCCUAAAACCGCACAUCCUGAAGUGUUUUAUUCCUCUUAUACCACAACAAUAGAAUGUCAACUCUAAAUGUCCUUUUUUAUCUUUUCACAGUUACUUCUAAUGUUGUGGAAUGUCUACAGAAAAAAUAUAUUAUUCCUGUUAUCACAUCGGUUCUAGCAGCUACGCAAUAUGGCCAAAUGUUUGUGGACACCUGACCAUAGCAGUCAUAUGUGCUUGUUGAACAUCCGAUUCCA